AUGGAGGACUGGGAGGAUGAGAAAAUUCCAGCUCUUCUUUCUAAUGACCAACCGAUACGUAAAUGGGACGACGAAGAUGUGGAUGAAAAUGAUAUUAAGGACUCAUGGGAGGAUUUUGAUGAACCUGCUCCUCUGGAACCUGCAACAAAGCCACCUGCUGAAAAGGCUCCCAAGAAACCUGCAACAAAAGCUACUGAAAAGAAAGGAAAAACUGUUGAAGUAGAACAAGAGCCACUAGAUCCCUUUGCUGAGAAACUUCGCCAACAAAGGCUGGUGGAAGAAGCAGACUACAAGUCCACCAAGGAACUGUUUUCUAGUAGAGGUGAUGACAAAACCAUUGAUAAUUUCAUUCCCAAAUCUGAAAGUGACUUCCUGGAAUAUGCAGAACUUAUUUCGCAUAAACUUCGUCCAUUUGAGAAAAGUUUCCAUUAUAUUGGUCUUCUGAAGGCAGUAAUGAGACUGUCAAUGACUUCUUUAAAAGGAGCAGAUGCAAAAGAUGUUGCAUCUUCUAUUACGGCAAUUGCAAAUGAGAAGAUAAAAGCAGAGAAGGAAGCAAAUGCUGGUAAAAAGAAGACAGGUGCCAAGAAAAAGCAGCUACAUGUUGAUAAGCCGGAUGAUGAUAUAGCGGUUGAUGGCUAUGAUCCGCUCGAUGACUAUGAUUUUAUGUGA